UUGGGGGUCGCGGGUCGCGGUCCCGGAUGGGUAAUGGGCCCCGCGGGGGUUUUGGCCGGGGGCCUCCUGGCCGCGGCCCUGGCGCUGGGGGUCCGGGGCGGACUCCCCGCCCGCCCGUGUGACCUCGGCUCCUCUUGGGGCGCACAGCCUCCCCCGGAUGCUCUCCGGGCUCCGGGAACUCGGCCCGAGCGGAAGGUGCAGGACUUGGGCUGCGCGGUUCGGCCCGGAGAGGGAAGCUCUCCCUUGAAGACUGCAGCAGAAGCACCUGUCGGCGUGAGAGCCACCGAACAAGCGGAGGUCUUCAGCCCGCUCCCGACUUCGGCAGCCUCCCCUGGGCCCUGGGGUCAUUCCUUAUUGGCUUUCUUGCCUUCCUGGCCUGGGAAGACCUUCUUGAAAACAGAGUCCCCCGUAGCACACCGCCUGUCCGGGGACGUUCCGAGAGAAGCGCCUGGGGCUUCGCACGGCGGAGUCGUGUUUCGGAAGUGUGCCCUGGUGUCCGGGCAGAAUGACCGGCAGACCGUGCAGGUGCGGCUGCUGGUGGACAACACCAAGACGCCCUCGUCGGCCAACCUCUCAGACCUGCUCCUGCUGGACAACGUCACCGGCCUCACCAUCAGGGAUUCGGCCGGGAACAAGACCUCGGAUGGGUUCCAGGCUUUCCAGAAGAAGUUUCUGGAAGUUGGAGACUCCUACUGGGUCAGCUACACGGCCUCGAUGGACGCCAGAGCCCUGGGAACUGGAAACAGCCUGACGCUUCCUGCCCAGCUCACCUUUCGGAGCUGGUCGCUGAACAGCUCACAGCUCAAAGCCCACUUCACCAUCACGGUAGAAGAAAAGGUCACGGUUCUGCCCAACCACGGGCUCCACGCUGCCGCGUUUUUUGGUGCCUUCGUCGUGUCGUUUGUGCUGAGCUGGGCGGCGCUGUUCUGGGCGGCAAGAUGCUGGUGUCCGAAGGGAGGCGCGUGCACCAGAUCUGGGGUGCAGCACCACGGGAGCAAGCUGGAGGCCCCGCUUUUCUCCUCGGCCGGCGGGGUGAGCGAGGACCUGGCCCUGAGUGACCAGCUGGUGGACAUCCUGGCUUCUGAGGACCCCGGGGGGAUGCUUCAAGCCUUGGAAGAGCUGGAGAUUGCCACCCUGAACCGGGCCGAUGCAGACCUGGAGGCGUGCCGGACCCAGAUCAGCCAGGACGCCAUCGCCUUGCUGCUCAAGAGUCUCGCCAGCAGGGGGCGCCUUUCCCCUCAAGCAGAGAGGCGCAUGGGUGCGGCUUUCAGAAAGCAGUGUCUGCUGCUCGAACAGGAAAUCCAGGAGGAGUGGGAGCGGAAGAUGCUGGCGCUGGCGGCAGAAUGCGACCUGGAGGCCAGGAAGAAGACGGACGGCCAGCACCAGAGGGAGCUGGUGGCCAUGGAGGAGGCGGAGGAGGUGCUGAAGCGCGUCGGCGAGAGGGCCGCUGCGGAGUGCGCCGGCCUCCUGCGGACCCUGCACGGGCUGGAGCAGGAGCACUUGCAGGCGUCCCUGGCCCUGCAGCGGGAGGAGGACUUGGCCGAGGCGCACCGGCAGCUGGCUGUCCUCCGGAGGAACGAACUGCACAGCGCCUUCUUCAGCCAGAUGAGAAGCGCCGUCUCCGCAGGGGACCUGAAGCCCGAGGCAGCCCAGGAGCUGCUGCAGGAUUAUUCUAAAGUACAGGAGAAUUUAGAAGAGUUAAUGGACUUUUUCCAGGCCAGCAAAAGGUAUCAUCUAAGCAAAAGAUUCGGCCACAGGGAGUACCUGGUCCAGAACCUGCAGUCCACCGAGACCCGUGUGCAAGGCCUGCUGAGCGCAGCCGCGGCCCAGCUGACCCACCUCAUCCAGAAACACGAGAGAGCCGGGUACUUGGAGGAGGACCAGACGGAGAUGCUGCUGGAGCGGGCGCACACGGAGGUCUUUGCCGUGCAGCAGAGGCUGGACCACGACUUAAAGCAGGAGAAGAAGAGGCUGCGGCAGAAACUGCUCACGAACAGGAGGCGGGAGCUGCUGCAGAAGCACAAGGAGCAGCGGAAGCAGCAGCUGUGCCUGGGGGAGGCCGCCCGCGCCGCGGAGGACGCCGCCCGCUACCUGCAGCAGUGGCGGGGCCUGGCGGCCGAGCAGAGCGCCGCCCUGGAGGAGGUGCAGGAGCGGCUGGACCAGGCCGCCCUGGACGAGCUGCGGGCGCUGACGCUGGCCCUGUCCGAGAAGGCGGCCGAGGAGCUGCGGCGCCAGCAGAGCGCGGCCGCGGCCCAGGAGCUGCUCAAGUGCAGCGUGCCCUGGCUCUUCCUGCAGCAGAUCCUGGAGGAGCAGAGCCAGGAGCUGGCGGCGCGGGCCGCGCAGCUGGAGGCGGAGGACAGGGCCCGGGGCCAGGAGGGCGUCCGCCGCGUGAGGCAGCGGCUGAGGGACGACUCUCCGGAGGCCGCCACGGAGGAGCAGGCGGAGCUGAGGCGCUGGGAGCGCUUGGUCUUCACGCAGCUCUGCUCCUUGGCCUUCUCCCUGUCUGAAGAGGAGCUGCUCCAGAUGCGACAGGACGUCCACUGCUGCUUCGCGCAGAUGGACCGCAGCCUGGCCCUCCCCAAGAUCCGGGCCCGGGGCCUGCUGCAGCGGCUGCAGGCCGCCUGGCGAGAAACGGAGUUCCUGAAGCUGGACCAGGCCCUGGCUGCCCCCGAGCUGCAGCACCCACACAAGGCCAGGAAGCCGCGCUCCAAGAGCAGGAGCCCGGCAGACCUUUAUAAGAAGCGCCUCGAAGACAGAAUUCACCUGCUGGAGGCACAGGCGCCUGGAGACCUGGCGGAGAAGGCUCGGGGGGAGCUGCUGCGAGAGAGAGCGCAGCAGCUGGAGGCCCAGGAGAGCCGCUUCACGGAGUCGCUGGUGGCGCUGCAGUCCCAGAAGGCGGCGCGGGUGACCGAGACCCUGUCCACCUACGGCGCCCUGCUCAGCCUCCAGGACCUGCUGCUGGAGGAGCUGCGCGACACGGAGACCCUGACCAAGGCAGCCUGCACCCAGAUCCUGGAGUCGCACGGCCCGGAGCUGCAGGAGCUGCAGAGGAAGCUGGAGGACCGGCUGGCGCAGCAGGAAACCGCCCAGCAGCAGCAGGCCCUGGAGAGCUGGCAGCGCUGGGUGGCCGACGGGCCCGGGCUGCUGAGCGAGCCUGGGGAGGAGGACCCUGCGGGGCGGGUGUCCGCCACCCUGCAGCAAGCCCUUGGCAAAAGCCAGGAGCUACUGGAACAGUACCAGCAGAGCUGCAGAGAGGAGCAGCAGAGCGGCGCCGUCCUGGAGGAUCUGCUGGAGAAGCUGGAGGUGGACACGGUCGGGGCGCUGUGCAGCCAGGAGCUGAGGCUGGUGUGCUACCUCUGCAAGAUGACCCUGGUGCCCGGGGCCACGCUGCGCCGGCUGCUGAGCCUGGUGCUGCCCACCGCCUCGCAGCCGCAGCUGCUGGCCCUGCUGGACGCGGCCAGCGAGAAGCAUUCGGACCACGCGGCGGAGAACGAGGGCGGCGGGGAGCCGGCGGAGCUGGCCAGGAGGCGGAAGCACCAGGGCUGGUGGCAAGCCUUAGAGCGCAGACUGCGAGAAGACCUGAGCAGCAGGGGCUUUGAAAAGAGGCUGUGGUUUCGCCAGAGGAAGGAGAGCAUAUUGAAGAAGGCGUGUCCGCCGCUCAGAGAGAGGACCAUGUUCUCUGCGAAAGGCAGCUGGCCACAGCUGUCCCUGGAGCCCGUCGGCGAGCCGGCGCCCGUGCCCGUGGUCGGGCUGGAGGCCAUCGACGUGUUCAACACCGGGGAGAAGCUCUUCAUUUUCCGAAGUCCGCAGGAGCCGGAGAUCUCGCUGCGCGUUCCGCCCAGGAGGAAGAGGAAGAACUUUCUGAACGCCAAAAAGGCCGCUCGGGCCGCGGCCGUGGGCCGGCAAGAGGGGAAGGCCCACGGCGGCCUCUGAGGCUGGAUCGUCAUCUCCUGCCCACCGUGCGCGUGGCCCGUGCGUGUGGCCCGUGCGCGGCUGCAAGUUCAGGCUGUGCCUGUGGAGGACCCAGAUCCUCUGGCGUCCAGGGACGCAGUUUGUGGAUUGCCCGACGGCACUGGCUGUGGCAUCAUAAAGACUCGAGCAGCCCGUCCUUUCCGUCCCCUCACCAGGGGUCUGGGGGAGACCCGCACCCCCCAGUUCUCACGCCCCACCCGGCUGCCUGCCACGGACUCCGUCCACGGCCACGGCCAGGCUCUGUGCUCUUCUUUCUGCAUUUGUUACACAUUCUGCUUUUAUACAGGAAACUUAAAAAAAAAUUUUUACACACGGUUCUUCAUAAAGGACUGACCUGUUU